CAGGUUAAACAAUUGCAUCGAAACAAUUGACUGUAUAGUUACAUAUUGUGCACUCUAUUUAAAAAUGGCCAACGUGCAGCAAUUAAUUGUGCUAGCAACAGUAGUAUGCUCGGUCUAUUCGGCGUCGAACAAUACGAUUGUCAGCCUGGCCACCAACGCUAAUUCUAACGGGAACAAUUUAAAAGACUUCAAUACUUGUAUACUCACUGUUGUUCUAAAUGGUAAGUGCGCUGAUAUCCCGAUAACUGGUACCAGUGAUCGGGAAAUGUGCAAUGGUGUCUACCAAUUAACAGAUUGCAUCAAGAGCAAUUACGGGGUUUGUACCGCAUCGGACAGGGAUGAUGUGGAUCACAAUUUUGACAUGAUUGAGGUGUGCAGAAAGAGUGGCACGCAAUGUGUUGGGCAGUCGUAUACAAGGCGUUGGUGCGAUGACCAUGGCUAUGGUAAGGACCAUGGCCAUGACUCGAGCACCAUGUUCAAAGCUAACUCGCUAACCAUGCUCGUUGUGCUGAGAUAG